UUACUGGAAACUUUUCGAGAUGCCUGAGCCAGCGAAGUCCGUUCCCGUGCCUAAGAAAGGGUCGAAGAAGGCCAUCACCAAGACCCAGAAGAAGGGCGACAAGAAGCGCAAGAAGAGCAGGAAGGAGAGCUACUCCAUCUAUGUCUAUAAGGUCCUCAAGCAGGUCCACCCGGACACGGGGAUCUCCUCCAAGGCCAUGAGCAUCAUGAAUUCCUUCGUCAGCGAUAUCUUCGAGCGCAUCGCUGCGGAGUCUUCCCGCCUGGCCCAUUACAACAAGCGAUCCACUAUCACUUCCCGGGAGAUCCAGACUGCUGUGCGCCUGCUGCUGCCUGGAGAGUUGGCCAAGCAUGCUGUGUCGGAGGGCACCAAGGCCGUCACCAAGUACACCAGCUCCAAGUAAACUUGGAAAACAACCACUCCACUAAAACCA